AUGAAAGUACAAGAAUUUCUAAAUUUGAAGCAAGGGGAUAGAACUGUAGCAGAGUAUGCGAGGGACUUUUCCAGAUUAAGUCACUAUACAGGAAGUUUGCUUACCACUCUGGAAAGAAUUGAAGUGGAAGGGACAGCUAAAAAGGGAUCAAAAGAGAAAGAGAAAGGUGGAAAGAUUAUUGGUCAAGCUCCGGAUAGUGGAUUAGGAAAGAGGAAACAUUUUGAGAGAUCCAGUUCUCGCAAGUCUGGUAGAGGUAGAUCCUCAAGACAGAGACUGCCUCGACCUAGCCAGCAGACAUCCAGAGGAACAACCCCAGUCCGUACUUAUGAAACAUGUGGAAAAGUACAUGGAGGGGUCUGUUACAAGGCUAUUGGAGCCUGUUAUAAUUGUGGUGGAACUAUCCAUUUUGCUAGAGACUGUGUGAGUGCUCGCAAAGCUACACCACCUACUACAGUUGAAGGCUCAGUUCAGAGUUCUACCUCCAGAGGUUCUCAGACAGUUAGUAAAGGCCGAGGAAUAGGCAGGGGCAGUACUUUUGGCAGUCAGACCACAGUCAACCAGCCUGAACAGAGUGGUGCACCGGCUAGGGUAUACACCAUGUGGUAG